UCUUUUUUCCUUUUUAUUUUUUUUAGCAAAAUAAGAAAGUGUAGCAUCAUGGCUUCAGAAGAAAACACCAACAACGAAAAUGGAGGUUCCCUUAGAUUAGGUCGCCCAACUACAGGCGCCGAUAUCGGUGAAUUACAGCAAAAAAUCAGCCAAGCUGAACGAGAAUUAAGCCAACUCAAGCUAGAAUUAGACCAAACAAAGCAGCAAGCCAAACAAGCUGAAGUCUACGCUCAAGAAAGCGGUAGAACAAACCGUAAAUUAAAGACCGAGAUUCAAACAUUGACAGACAUGAGUAACCGCAAAGACAGACAAGCUGAAAACUCCAAGGCUACCGCUUUUUUCUUUGAAGGUCAGGUAAAAAAAUACAUGGACGAGAUUGAGACCGCAAGGCAAGGCAUGGGUCAUCUCAAAGAGUUGGACGACCAGCUAAACCAAGCUAAAGCAGAGCAAGCUGAACUCGAAAAAUCCUCAAAAGAAGAAUCCAUUGCUGUGAAAGCAACCAUUAAAACCAUGCAGGAAACACAUAAGGCUAAUAAAGAGAAUAUCAAGUUGGAAAUUGAGAAGGCCUAUACAGAGCUCGAAAAGGCUUCUGCUCAAGCCUUACAACUUCAGCAAGAAGUUCAACAAAAAAUGGAAGCUGAGUUGCAUCCUGGCACAGAUAUUCAAACUUUGGAAAGAGAACAUCGCGCAUUAGAACAGAAACAGAUGGAAGCUGUCAAAAAGGUAUAUCAAGAGGUCGAUCAACUCAGAAACAAAUUAGAGCAAUCUGAGGCAUCUACCCUCUCUCAUGAAGAAAGUAUGGUCGUCGUCAAAGAGGAAAUGGACCGUAUCAUGCGAAGACUUCGUGCCAUUGAUCAAUUAUCUGCAUCAAACUAGUUUUUUUUUUUUUUACUCUCUUCCUUUACCCUUUCCAAAUAAUAUAAUACCAAUAAAAAAACAUUCUAUCCGG